GUUUUGUAACAACAACAAAGAGUUUCAGUUUCUCAUCACCAUUCAACUCAGCUGACUUUUCCCCUUCUCUCUCUAUAACCUUCUCAGCUUCCAUUGACACCCUUCAAGAUUUGUCAACUCCCUAAACAUUCAUUUUCUUAACUCUUCCUUCCAUUUUCCAUUUGCUGCCAAUUUCCCUGGUUUUUCCAUUUUCUCUAUUUUUUUCCAUUCAAACAGAAGCUUCAUACCCUUUGAAUCAUUGACCUUGGUCUUUUUUUAUACCCUUACUACCCCUUGUUUGUUUUUUCUUCUCUGAAUUUCUCUUGUGGCUGCUAUGGAUUGUGGAUUGAAUCAAGAGAACCAACUGGGUCUCAAGUCCUUUAAAUUCUAAAAAGUUUCAUUUUUUAUUGUUUUUUUCUCUCCUCUAUUUGCUCCUUGCUUUAAGGGGUUGUUGUUGGGUGUUAAGGAAACAAGGCAGGCAAUGAGUAGCAAGAAAAGGGUGAUUUCCUUUGUGAGUAGUAUUGAAGAUGCUGCUGUGGACUUCUUCAAUCAUCUCUUGCAGGAGAAGCCUCAGAUUUCAUUCUUCAUUCCACUGAUUCUGAUUGCUUGGGUUGUUGAGAGAUGGGUCUUCCCUUUCUCCACUUGGGUUCCUAUUGCACUUGCUGUGUGGACAACAAUACAGUAUGGGAGAUAUCAACGCAAGCUACUAGUGGAGGAUUUGGAUAAGAAAUGGAAGCGAAUCAUACUGAAUGUCUCGCCCAUCACACCAUUGGAGCACUGUGAGUGGCUUAAUAAGUUGUUGACAGAAAUCUGGUCCAACUAUUUUAACCAGAAGCUCUCAAACAGGUUAUCAGAUAUAGUUGAGAAACGUUUAAAGCUCCGGAAACCAAGAUUUCUAGAUAGAGUUGAGCUGCAGGGGUUUUCACUUGGAUCAUGCCCUCCAAGCUUGGCUUUGCAAGGGAUGCGGUGGUCAACUAUCGGUGAUCAGCGAGUCAUGCAACUGGGUUUUGAUUGGGACACAAAUGAAAUGAGCAUUUUGUUGCUUGCUAAGCUUGCGAAGCCAUUGAUUGGAACUGCUCGGAUUGUGAUCAACAGUCUUCAUAUCAAGGGUGAUCUCCUUAUUACACCGAUUCUAGAUGGAAAAGCACUCCUAUAUUCAUUUGUAUCAACACCUGAGGUGCGAGUAGGAAUUGCCUUUGGAAGCGGUGGGAGCCAGUCACUUCCUGCCACUGAGUGGCCUGGUGUUUCUUCUUGGCUGGAAAAACUUUUUGCUGACACCUUGGUUAAAACCAUGGUGGAACCUCGCCGUCGUUGUUUCACUUUGCCUGCAGUUGAUUUAAGGAAAAAGGCUGUUGGAGGAGUUAUAUAUAUUAGAGUGAUUUCAGCAAAUAAACUUUCUAGGAGUUCCUUCAAAGCACUGAGAUAUUCAGAAGACAAUUUUGAUGACAAGGACCUACAGACAUUUGUAGAAGUAGAAAUUGAGGAAUUAACCAGAAGAACAGAUGUCAGACUUGGUUCAACCCCUAGAUGGGACGCACCGUUUAAUAUGGUUUUGCAUGAUAAUACAGGAACUCUUCGCUUCAAUCUUUAUGAGAGUCUUCCUAACAGUGUGAAGUGUGACUAUCUAGCAAGCUGUGAAGUCAAGUUGAGGCAUGUUGAAGACGAUUCGACAAUAAUGUGGGCAGUUGGACCUGAUUCUGGGGUCAUAGCAAAGCAAGCUCUGUUUUGUGGAGAUGAAAUUGAAAUGGUUGUCCCAUUUGAGGGGGCCAACUCUGGAGAGUUGAAGGUGAGCGUCGUAGUAAAAGAAUGGCAAUUUUCUGAUGGUUCACAUACCAUGAACAAUCUCCGAGCUAGCUCUCAGCAGUCACUUAAUGGAUCAUCAAAUCUUCCAUUAAGAACUGGACGGAAACUUUACGUAACUGUUGUGGAAGGCAAGGAUCUUGCUGCAAAAGAAAAAUCUGGAAAAUUUGAUCCAUACUUUAAAUUGCAGUAUGGAAAGGUUGUCCAGAGGACAAAGACUUCUCAUACUCCAAAUCCUUCCUGGAAUCAAAUGUUUGAAUUUGAUGAGAUUGGUGGCGGUGAAUACUUAAAAGUUAAAGGCUUUAGUGAAGAAACUUUUGGAGAUGAGAACAUUGGCAGUGCACAAGUAAAUUUGGAAGGGCUGGUUGAUGGCUCGGCCAGGGACGUGUGGAUCCCUCUUGAAAGAGUGCGUUCUGGAGAAUUAAGACUUCAAGUAGAAGCAGUUAGGGUGGAUGAUCAAGAAGGAUCAACGGGUUCAGGUAAUGGUUGGAUAGAACUUGUUUUGAUUGAAGGAAGGGAUCUUGUUGCCGCCGAUCUCAGAGGCACGAGUGAUCCAUAUGUGAGGGUACACUAUGGAAACAUAAAGAAAAAGACAAAGAUUAUACAUAAAACACUUAACCCUCAAUGGAACCAGACCCUUGAGUUCCCUGAUGAUGGAAGUCCCCUGGUACUUUAUGUCAAGGACCACAACGCGUUACUACCGACAUCAAGUAUAGGGGAAUGCGUUGUAGAAUAUCAAAGGUUGCCCCCGAACCAGAUGGCUGACAAGUGGAUACCUCUCCAGGGGGUGAAAAAGGGUGAGAUUCACAUCCAAAUUACUAGAAAAGUUCCAGAGGUGCAGAAGAGGAAGAGUAUAGACUCUGAACCUUCCUUGGGUAAAUUACACCAAAUUCCUAGCCAGAUAAAAGAGAUGAUGAUCAAGUUCAGGUCAUUAAUAGAGGAUGAAAAUCUUGAAGGACUUUCUACAACAUUGAGUGAGCUAGAAACUCUAGAGGAUACACAGGAAGGGUACAUUGUCCAGUUGGAGACUGAACAAAUGCUUCUUCUCAGCAAAAUAAAGGAACUUGGCAAAGAGAUCAUUAAUUCUUCUCCUUCUCAGAGCAGAAGAUCUUCUGAAAGCCCUUAGUAUUUAAUAUUUUCCAUGCAAAUUUUUGCUUGGGAAUCAUCAGGGACAGAUUUUGUACAUGUUUGUCAGACUAGCUUGUAUUCAUAUACUGCCAUGGAUAGCUUGUAAAUGGUUAUUUGAUAACUAAUGCCAUCCCCACACAUCUUAAUACCAUCCCCAUUGAAUUCCACGGAAAAAAAAAUGCAUACCUCACUUUAAAGUGCCGUAUGAAAAAAAUGGAAAAUGCAUACUGCACUUUAAAGUGCGGUACACAUAGGGAUGGUAUUAAAAUGUGUGGGGAUGGUAUUAAUAACAACAAUGCCUUUUUUCUUUCUAUUGUGAAGUUGCUUUCUGGGAGGGGGAUUGCAUAAUUAAAGGAAAGAUUUGCUGUAUUUACACUUGUAGUGGAAAUCAGGUUCACUCUGGACUCUCAAUGUGGAAAAAAGAUAAAGUUAAUAUUAUAGGGUUGAAAUGAAGAUGAAUUGGUUACUGUUA